GUGAAAAUAAUGAUGAUACGUAUGAAGAAAGCUCAAACUCAUUAUCUCUAAAUUAUAUAAUUUUAGAAGAUGUAGUAAAUUUGCAGGAUCCCAUUUUUCAAGAUAGAGAAAUCGCACAAUUUGAAUUUUCUACUGACAUUGCAGAUAUGACUGAUA